CAAAUCCAGUCAUUGAGUUUCCAGUCUCAUAUACCUUCCCCUGGUCCUCGGCCGAUCUGAUCAUCCAAUCACCUCGUCUGUAGUAGCCCUACAUACAGACUACUUGAGUGCCCUUUUCUGUACUUCAUGAAGGAGUAUACAUAUACAAAUAACUUUCUUGUCCCCUCCAGAUGUGUGUACCCAUUAACUACGUUUAUACAAUCAUCUGUUCAAAGCCACAAUUCAGGUACACAUUUAUUUUGGCAUUUAAGUUGCAUUGAGACUGAGGCUAAAAGGGAUGUGCACCCCUAUGGUGAGAAGCAUGAGUAAACCAUUCUUGUAUACAGACUUCCUUUAUGUGAAACCAGGAAGCAUUGAAGCCCUACAUCAGUCUACCAUUCAGCGCUGAGAGUACACACACGCUGCAUCAAACAAGUGGCUCCAGCCAGGGUCCUGUCCCAUUCAGCAGGUGGAGCACUGAAGGGCUCUUCUAGUGGAGAGAGAGGGCUACACACCACAGACAAGAUGACUGAAAUCAACACCCUGUUCAGUGAGCUGAUGGAUGAGAUGGACCUCCUCUCACAGAGUUUUGAAGCAGAGACAGCUCCAUGUCAGAGCAGCUCUGACGCAGAAGCCAUCAGCUCCAUGUGCUUUAACAACCUGAAUGAGUCUCUGCACGAGCUGGAGGAGUGUGACCUGGACAUCCUGGUGGCCGGCCUGGUUGCAGACCUCUCUCUGGCGGAGGAGAGGCUCACUCUGAGGAGUGUCUCCCCACAGCCUGCCCACACCCCCGCUCCCCCGGGGGGGCACACCUCCGCUCCACCCCACCUGGCCCUGGAGGGCCCCUCGUCACAACUCUCUCUUCAAGUACCUACAUCUGCACUGUCACAGAUUGAAGCUACAGCACAGACAAAGGCAGAAAAAAUAAAAUUGGCUUUGGAGAAGCUGAACGAAGCCAAGAUGAAAAAGCUGAUCAUUAAGGUUCUGCUGAGUGAUGGCAGCUCCAAGGCUCUGAUGGUGGACGAGAGACAGACGGCGCGCGACGUGCUGGACAACCUGUUUGAGAAGACUCACUGUGACUGCAGCGUGGACUGGAGCCUGUGUGAGACCAACCCACACCUCCAGAUUGAGAGAGCAUUCGAGGAUCACGAAUGCCUUGUGGAGCAUUUGUCCACAUGGAGCCGAGACACAGAGAACCAGCUGCUCUUCCUGAGGAGGUCGGACAAAUAUGCCGUCUUCAGGGAGCCUCAGAUGUUUUACCUCUGGAAAAAGGACGGGAGUAAAAUGAGUGAAAAGGACAAGGGAUUUCUAAUAAAGGAGAGCUUUGAGGGCCCCUCGGCCAGUGUUCCAGACCUGGAGGGCGCGUUAUUCCUCAAAGAGAGUGUGAAGAAGACUUGGAAACGGCGUUACUUCAUACUGCGAGCCUCUGGGAUCUAUUAUGUGCAAAAAGGAAAGACUAAGUUAUCCAGUGACCUGGCGUGCUUCAUUCAGUUGGAGCAUGUGAACGUGUACCACAGCCAGGAGUACAAACACAAGUACAGAGCCCCCACUGACUUCUGCUUCGUCCUCAAGCACCCUCAGAUCCAAAUGGAGUCGGAGUACGUCCGCAUCCUCUGCUGUGACGACGAGCGCAGUCUGAGUCUCUGGGUGACCUCCAUCAGAAUCGCCAAGUAUGGGCCGCAGCUGUACAGGAACUACCAGACAGCACUGCAGAGGGCUUCAGUUUCCACGCCAGGAAACAGCCAGCUCACACGAUUCACCACACCCAGCACCACUGUGCUCAAAGCGGCACAGUCCAAUGGAAACCAUGCAGUGACACCUGCCUCUUCCCAGAGAGACUCCAUUCCCCCAGGACCUGACCAGACACAGGCAUCAGAACACCAGACACGGGUUCAAGGACAACCAGGCGACCAGCAAGCCGUCACACAGAGAGAGACUCCCAGCCCCAUUCAUCAGCAGCUGGAUAAUGACCUGGAUGAUGACCUGGUUGAGCCUCCACCUGACUUUGUGCCUCCUUCGCCACCAGGACGGCGUUCCAAAUCCAACCUCUAAAUCCAUCUCCAAUACCAGCCAUAAGGGGGAAUAAGCCAUCAUGACAGUGCACAUCAGAGCGACUGCCAACUGCAGUGCUGCUGCCCCCUGCUGGUGAAAGUGGUUUCCACAGAUCUACAUGGCUUCGUAUCUAGAGGAGAGAAACGACAUAUGACUUCACAGUGCUGCCCCUGUGGAUAAAACUGGGAUUGCAAUAGUAUGAAUUGAUUCUGGAUUUGGACCACUGCACAUCUGCUCCUUUAGAGACAAACCAGGUUUAAGUGAUACAAUUCCAAUUUGCCUAGUUGUAAGAGCAAGCAUUUAUCAACCCAACUGCACGCCUGAGUUUUGGGGGGCAUUCUUAGAGUACUAGCACUGAUGCCACUGAUAGUGUUGAUCACCCAAUCCUAACUUAUCACCAGCCAAAAAAACUAAACAAAACAGACAAUGUCAACAGCAUGUACUGGGGAGCUAUUUAUUAUAA